AUGCUGAGGCAAGACAUGAUCUCUUACUUUCAAAAUGCGCCCGAACGGGACUCCACGGUCUACAUCCGUGCUGAGCCCUGGCCUAAGUUCACCAUGAAGGAGAUGUUGGUGGAGAAGGGUCUUUUGCCUGGAGUCAUCAGCAAAUAUGGCCCCAACCGAAAAGUCACCUUCAACAAGGCUGAGAUGGAGGCGCUCGCUUUCGACGAGCCUCAAGGCCACCUGUCGCACCUCUUCAAGGGCCGCUUAUUCCGCCCCUUGGGCGACCGAGCGGGUUGGACGGGGCGGGUUGGACGCAUCGCACACGGAGAAGAAUGUGUGGUCACUGACGUGUCGGUGCAUCCCGUUGAGCAGGAGCUGAUGUUUGUGCGCUUCGAUCGACAUAUUCCUGGAAAGAUGAGUGUGGUACCCAUCCCCGUGUCCAUCAGCGGACUUUGGGGCUGCCCAGGCUAUCGCAAGGGCGGACACGUGGAUGUGAUGCUACCCACCGUUUUGUGCGAAGUGGUUGGCGAGCAGAUUCCUCCGCCGCUGGUGGUGGAUGUGAGCAACUUGCACUUGGAGGAGCCCUUUGGGAAGAUCACCUUGCGUGACAUGCUUCCGCUGCUGCCGAAGGAUGGCACGGUGCGCUUCGCGCGAGAGUACAGCAUGGAUGAGGAGGUCAUCACGUGCUACGAUCCCAAAGCCUUGGGCGAAGUGCCCUUGCCUCACGACUGGCAAGAUCCCAACUUCGAUCAUCGCGGUGGGCGCUACCACUUGACCUUCACCGGUUUCUGGCCCAAGCAGUAG